GAAACAAACGUGCUGCAGGAACCUUACCGUACAAGGGGUGGUCUUGGUCUUUUUUGGGAAUCCCGUAUGUAUUGCGGAGGGAGGACCUGAUCUCAGAGACAUCCCGCUUUGGUGCGAAACAGCAUGUGAUCGUGCGAAACACACACCACAUCUUCCUCUCGCCGACAUUCAGCCAGAUCACCACACUGCUGCCUAUGAAAUUGAUCCUACUGACAGCAAACACACUUGUAUCAGAACAGCAGCUGGUUACGCCUGCAUCAUGUCUUCCCCAAAUAAGUCAAAUUCCCCGUCAGCUCCGGCAGAUGCCGAGCAGCCAGAAGAGAAGCCGCGCCUCACCGAGGCGGAGAAGAAGCAGAACCACAUUGCGUCUGAACAGAAGCGACGCCAGGCCAUCCGUGAGGGCUUCGAUCGGCUCACGGAGCUGGUGCCAGGUCUGGAGGGCCAGGGCCGCUCCGAGGGUCUCGUGCUGAAGAAGACGGUGGAAUUCAUGAAGGAGCAGCUCAGGCAGCGCCAGGAACUGGUGGACCGCAUCGAGAGCACCGGCGGCGAAGUCGACGAGAAGUAUAAGCGGCCACUAUUUCAUCAGCAGGCAAACAGCACCUCCAGCAGGACGAGGUGACACGGCGAGGCGUCGCCGACAGCUGUCGCGUUUGGAGUUUAUUCGGGGUUCAAUGAUGGAGUUAGGGUCACCGGAUAAGAUAUACCUUGUUAGGCAUGGGCUGAGGAACGGUACUGCGUUAGUAUGGGCUACAGAGGAGGCGGGGCGGUCUGUUUGUACAGUGGCCAGACACAUACAAGACGACUCGGCAUGCGUUGUUGGAGUAGUAUACAUACAA